AUGAAGGUUCAUUCUAACUUGAGGGCCUUCAUAUUCACUCUCUGGCUCACCCAAACUGCAGCAGUAUUCCUUUCCAAGACUGGCAACAUCACACUCUUUUCAGAUACCAAUUGCCAAGAACCGGUAUACGUCAAUUCCUUCAUCCUCGGCACCAAUGUCUGCGGCAAGGAGGAUUCCGCCACACCGCCCAGUUUCGAUAUCUAUAGCGACUCGGCAUGUACUGAUAUGAUGACGUCAAAUUCACCCGAAAUUGCACCCGAUGAGACUGAGAUCGAGAAUCCUCCUUGUGUUGCACCCGGGGAUUUUAAGGGGAUGGCUUUUGUCUGCGAAGAUGAUGAAGAUUACUCGUCCACGAGCACCACGCCUACUGCUUCAGAGGAGGCUUCAAAGACUACUUCCGUCACGACAUCCGCUAGCACUCUUGGAACUUCAUCUUCCGUGCUUGGAAGCUCGACAUCAACAACCACAGCAAGUUCUUCCAAUACUUCAAAUAGCUCCUCGACAACACCAGUUCAAACGAGCGUCGCGGCGCCUAUGAUGGAUGGAGGGAUAAUUAUGAAGCUCGUAUUGCUCUUGCCUUUCUUAGCGGCCACGAUAUGA